AUGUUCUACACUCUUCCUCAAGCCUUUAAUACUGCGUAUGCACCAGCCUCACUACCAUACUGCUCUGUGAUCAACUGGUACUCAUAUCUGCGUAAUGAAUUGAUAUUGUGUCCAAGUUACAGACGAGCCGCCUCUUGCUAUGUAUCGGCCUUUACUCUUACCAGCCUUAUUCAGGCCGACAUCCGGUACACACGAAUGGAGGAGACACGUGCAAAGCUAGAGGCCACCUAUGCUGAGAUAGAUCGGCUUCGAGUUCAACUUCAGCUUGCCAGUGAAGUCAUUGCUUCUGGCAGUCCCGAGACUCGUAAAUGGGGCAACAAUCCCAGUCGCGAAUCGACAGCCGGCAGUCGGCGUCGUGACGCCCGUCGAAUAGAGACUCUGUCACAGGCUAUCAAGCGUCUUGAAGCGAUGAGACAAAGUCUGGCUGAGCAAAAUAAAGACCUUCUAGAGCAACUUAAGCAGGCAGGUCAGCGUCAGCAAGCUGCCGAGCUGAAUAGAGAUGAAAUUGUAUUGUCUGCACACUCGGUAUCUGAGCCAGCUAUGACAAUAGGUCAGUUCAUGAAAAAAUAUUGA